AUGCCUCCUUGUCUAUCUCUGGAUCAAUCUACCACAUGUCCAGCAUUUGCAAAUUAUUCUAUAUCAUCAGAAAUAAUAACCGCUUCUGAUGAAACUGGUCAAUCAUUUGCUUGGUUAUCAGCUGCUUCCAAUGUUUCUCAAUUUGAUUCUCUUUUACGAUCUUAUGUAAAUGAACAAUAUAUUUCAUGGAGGUACAACCAAUCUUUAGGUUGUUCAAAUACAAACACUUCAAUGUAUGCUAGGUACACUUAUACAAUGAUUUGUGCCGAAUUGGUAGAAUUUUCUUUAUCUAGACAAUGUAGUAAUUCAAUUACUGCAAUAACUGGUCAACCAGUUAAAAGUUUAUGUAAUUCUACCUGUGCUUCUCAUGCUUCUUCGGUUUUAGCUAUUGCUUAUGAUCCAACUGUUUGUCCUCCUCCUAAUAAUACCGGUCUUCAAUCUUUGGUAAAUUUAAUAAAAUGGUGUGGUAAUGAAUCUAAUGUCGAUUCAAAUAAUUCUACUUGUAUUUCGGGUGAUUUAAAUGAACCGAAUUGUGAUUCAAAUAAUCAACCUUCAUUGGCUAUUACUAUGUUAAUAGCAAUAUUUGCUUCAAUAUUUGGUGCUUUCUUAUUAUUUAGUAUAAUAUUUUGUUGUUUUAUUAAAAAAAGCAAAAUUCGGAAGAAAAAUGGUGUGGCUGGUGGUCCGGAUUCAGGUGAUGAUGGUGGUGAGACUGGUAUUGCUACUAAGAGCAUUCCAUCUUACUCACCUGCUCCUUUUUAUUCUAGACCACCUGGUGGUGGUGAUUUUGACCAAAGUUCCGAAAAUCUUAGAUAUUCGGAUCUGGUCUCUCCUGGUACUACUGUGGGUGGUGGAAGUGAUACCGGUGCUAGACAAAAAUCCGUUUCAAUUAAUGAUUCCGCUCCAAGAUCUAUUCCUGAAAGAACUUCUCUUAUUUUACCCGUUAGUAGUGAUUCCGUUAUUUCCGCUGAACCUGAACGUGUAACCGUCGUUUAUAAAUAUGAUGCCUCUUUGGCUGAUGAAUUGGAUAUUUCCCCUAAUGAUGUUAUCGAUAUUGCUCAAAAGUUUGAUGAUGGUUGGGCUGUUGGUGUAAAUAGAAAUACCGGAAAAGCUGGUGCUUUCCCUAUGGUUUGUGUUUCUCCUGCUGGAAAUGUUUCUUCUGGAAAUACCAAUAAUGGUGCUGAUCAAUUUGGUGGAAGUGGUUAUUCUGGAAUAAUUGGUAAUAAUGGUGGUGAUGAAAACAAUACUGAACAAAGUGUUACUUUAGAAUCAAGUGAACAUAGUGGUAUACUUAGGAAUAGUUAUAGUAGCGGUACGGGUGGUGGUACUAUGGUAACUCCGGACAUUUCUAGAAGAGUUAGCAGUGGAGUAACUUCUUCUCUUUCUCCAUUACCAUCUGAUGGUGGUGAAACUCCUCCACCUGGGGAUAAUGUCUAG